AUGAAAGAUCUGGGGAAAAUCUCAUACUUCUUGGGAAUUGAUUUUAAACAAAUUAACGGUGUAGUCCAAAUGAACCAAAAGAGGUACAUAUUGAAAGUGCUUGAAAGGUUUAAUAUGUCUGACUGUAAACCUAGAUCCACUCCCUGUGAACUUAAGUUGCAAUGUAACAGUGAGGACACGGUUGAUCCGAGAAAAUACCGUGAAAUCAUAGGUAGCCUAAUCUAUGCAAUGACUUGUACCAGGCCUGAUAUUAGUUGGGUGGUCAGAAAGUUAUCACAGCAUCUAUCUAAUCCAAAUGUAGAGGAUUUAGUUACAGCCAAGCAUGUAUUGAGAUACUUGAAAGGUACUCUCAAUUAUGAAUUGUGUUUCAGGAAAUCUGAUAAAGGUUUAAAUUUGAUUGCAGCUAGUGAUUCAGACUGGGCAUCCUCUGUAGAGGAUAGACGCAGUACUACCGGGUAUUGUUUUAGCUUAACGGAGCAUGGUCCUGUAAUAUCAUGGAAAUCUCGAAAACAGCCUUCAGUUGCACUGUCAACCUGUGAGGCUGAAUACAUGGGUUUAGCAGCCGCUACUCAAAAGAGCUAA